AUGUCUACCAUUAGACCCGACCAAGCAGCCCCCAUCUCGUCCCGCGCACAACAGCCUGGUGUUUCCAGCAUCAAAGAAGAGGAUGCUGCCUCAAUAUUCGCUGCCAACCCGGCCCUCGUCUCGAUGAUGCAGAACAAGCUCAGCGGUCUUGUCGGCAGAUCUUCCGGCUACGUCGAGUCGCUCCCUGCCCCCGUCCGCAGACGUGUCGCCGGUCUCAAGGGUGUCCAGAAGGAGCACUCCAAGCUUGAGGCCGAGUUCCAGGAGGAGGUCCUUGCCCUUGAGAAGAAGUUCUUCGCCAAGUACGCCCCUCUCUACGAGAAGCGUGCCAAGAUCAUCAACGGUUCCACCGAGCCCAGCGAGCAGGAAGUCGAGGCUGGCAAGGAGGACGAAGAGGAGGACGACGAGGAUGACGAGGCUGAUGAGGCCGAGGACAAGUCUGCCGCCGACAUCAAGGGUAUUCCCGAGUUCUGGCUGUCCGCCAUGAAGAACUCGUCGCUCGCCGAGACCAUCACCGACCGUGACGAGGGCGCUCUCAAGUUCUUGACCGACAUUCGUAUGGAGUACCUCGACCGCCCUGGAUUCCGCCUCAUCUUCGAGUUCGCCGAGAACGAGUUCUUCACCAACAAGACCAUCUCCAAGACUUACUUCUACCAAGAGGAGAACGGCUACGGCGGCGACUUCAUCUACGACCACGCCGAGGGUGACAAGAUUGAGUGGCAGUCUGGCAAGGAUCUCACCGUUAGAGUCGAGAGCAAGAAGCAGCGCAACAAGAGUACGUGUGCUGACGACGAGGAUGUUGAGGACGACAUUGAGGCCAAGCUCGAGCUCGACUACCAGCUCGGUGAGGACAUCAAGGAGAAGCUCAUUCCCCGCGCCAUUGACUGGUUCACUGGCGAGGCUCUGCAAUUUGAGCAGGGCUUCGAGGACUUCGAUGAGGACGAGUUCGAAGACGAGGACGAUGAGGAUGAGGAGGACUACGACCGUGACGAGGAAGAUGAUGAGGAGGAGUCAGACGAGGAGGGUGACGGCUCAAAGCCCAAGCAGGAGACUGCCGAGUGCAAGCAGAGCUAG